GUGGAACACCCUGUACAUGGAGGUACGAGUACUAUAGACAUCCGAUUCGCUGCAGGAAACAAGAAACUCAUUUAUUUUUACUCGGGUUUACUUUGUGUCACGAUUUCGCUGACGUACCGCUAAGCACGAUCGUACCGUGGUUCCUAAAAUGAUUUUAUUGUUGUUCUUCGUAAAAUGAAAGUACUACUUUAAAAAACCUACCGAUCGACGUCGAGUUCUUUUAUUAUCGCAUAAGUUAAAAAUAAUCCAUUGUGUUCUACAUGAUGAAUUGUGUAUAGAUUUUCCGGUUUAGUUGUAUCAAAGGUCAACUACGAUGGGUAUUAAUUAUUUAGCUCUCGCAACUGUGAUAUGCUUAAGCACACCAGCACAAUCGCAAGGAAAGUUUAACAUAGCAGAAUCUAUUAAUAAAUUUUCAGUCAAGUUAUUGUGGAAUGCGAAUAAGGUGACGGGGAGUAAUGUGAACGUAGCUCUCUCCCCUUUGACUAUAUGGACGGUGCUGACUAUAGUGUCAGAAGGAGCUUACGAUAACACCGCUGACCAAAUUGAUAAGGCUUUAGGACAGAAUCAGAAUAAAAAUGUUAUUAGGGAGGCUUACUACAGGCUGGCUCAGUUGAUGGAUAAAAGUGAGAAAUCCGAGGCGGAGUUCGAUAUGGCGACCGGCAUAUUUGCUCGCAAACAGUUUCCCGUUAAGCGUAAUUUUGCCAAUGUUGUGAAGCAAUACUACGACGCUUCAGUUACACCUGUGGAUUUCGUAAAUGGCAAUGCCGCUGCGGACCUCAUCAACAAAUAUGUAGCUAAGGCCACUAGGAAUCGAAUAACUCAACUUGUUACCGCCGGAGAUGUCCAAGAUGCUUAUCUCUUCAUGUUAAGCACAACCUUCUUCAAGGGAUCCUGGCAGCAGCCUUUCAACACAUCGAAAACUCGUAGAGAAGCGUUUUUAGACGACAAAAGAAAACCAAUUGGGGAAGUUGAUUUAAUGUUCAACUCGUUCCCAUAUCCAUACUCUAAGAUUGAUAACAUAAAGGCUGAUGCCUUGGAGUUGCCUUAUGGAGCAAAUGGUGAUUACUCGAUGUUGGUGUUAGUACCAAGGGGUGCUCAGUCCUUAGCAAACAUGUUGGAGUCAUUAAACGACGAGCCAGUACUGAAUAUUUUAUCGAAAAUCAGGGCUAGUCACGAUACUUAUCCAGAAGAUAACAUUUAUACUUAUUUACCCAAGUUUAAGAUCACUUCUAAUUUUAACAUGGAUAUGAUUCUUCAAAUGAUGGGAAUCACUGACGUAUUUGACCCACAAAAAGCGAACUUGCUAGGUAUGUUUAGCCACUAUUUAUAUUUAUCCCGGGUUAUUCAAAGGGCCGAAAUUGAAGUUAACGAGGAAGGAACUGUCGCGAGUGCAGCAUCAGGUUUUAUAUUUCCAAACCGGAUUACACCGCCUACAGUAAAGGUCAAUAGACCUUUUGCUUACUUUAUAGUGCAUAGAGAGACUGGCAGUAUACUGUUUUGUGGUAAAAUUAGUGAUCCUCGUACCUUAUAAGCGUUGAUGAAGUAAAAUUUGUUUUCCUAAAUAAAAGUCGUUUUAACGUCA